AUGAUGUUUAGGAGGAUCCACACUGGGGAACGACCCUACAAAUGUGGGGAGUGUGGGGAUAGAUUCAGUCAGAGCUCCCAUCUGAUCCAGCACCACAGGAUCCACACUGGGGAACGACCUUACAAGUGUGGGGAGUGUGGGAAGACGUUUCUGACCAGCUCUAAGCUCCUCGUGCACCAGCGGAUUCACAUGGAUGAGAGGCCCUUCCGCUGCCCUGACUGCUGUAAGGGCUUCAGGCAGAACUCCCAUCUUGUUAGGCACCAGCUCAUCCACACUGGGGAAAAGCCUCACAAAUGUGAGGAAUGUGGGAUGAGCUUCAGACAGAGCUCCCAGCUGAUCUGCCACCAGAGGACCCACACUGGGGAGAGGCCGUACAAGUGUGAGGAGUGUGGGAAGAGCUUCAGUGAACGUACCACAUUGAUCCGCCAUCAGAACAUCCACACUGGGAAAAGGCCAUACAAGUGUGAGGAGUGUGGGAAGGCCUUCAGGCAGCGUUCUGGCCUGAUCCGCCACGAAAUGAUCCACACUGGGGAGAGGCCCUAUGAGUGUUCCAAGUGUGGGAAGAGGCUUACCACCAGCUCUGCUCUCCUCAGGCACUACCAGACACACACGGAGGAGAGGCCUUUCCAGUGCUCCGACUGUGGGAAAGGCUUCAGGCGAAAUUCAACCCUCAUCAACCACCGGCGCAUCCACACCGGGGAGAGGCCCUUCAAUUGUGAGGAGUGUGGGAAGAGUUUCACAUGGAGCUCAGACUUGACCAGACACCAACGGAGGCACUGGUAAGGGAAGCCCUGUGUGUUCCUCGACUGCGGGAAGAGCUUCGUCCACUGCUCCAACUCCAUUCCCCACUGGAGGACACACAGAGCCCAAAAGCCUCACAAGUGUGAGGAAUGUGGGAAGAGUUUCAGUCAGAGCUCCAACCUGAUCCGCCACCAGAGGACCCACACUGGGGAGAGGCCCUACAAGUGUGAGGAGUGUGGGAAGGACUUCAGGCACCCUUCCCACCUGAUCCGCCACCAAAAUAUCCACACUGGGGAAAGGCCGUAUGAGUGUUCUAAGUGUGGGAAGAAGUUUCCCACCAGCUCUGAUCUCCUUCAGCACUACCAGACACACACGGAGGAGAGGCCUUUCCAGUGCUCUGACUGCGGGAAGGGCUUCAGGCGAAACUCCCAGCUCAUCAUCCACCAGCGCAUCCACACCGGGGAGAGGCCCCACGAGUGUCCUGACUGCGGGAAGGUCUUUAGGCAAAAAUCCACCCUCAUCAACCAUCGGCGCAUCCACACUGGAGAAAGGCCCUACAAGUGUGAGGAGUGUGAGAUGAGCUUCUCCCAGAGCUCAGCCUUGACUCAACACCAACAGAGGCACCGGUAAGCGAAGCCCUGUGAAUGCCCCGCGUGCGGGAAGAGCUUUGUGCACUGCUCCAACUCCAUCCCCCACUGCAGGACCCACGUUGGGCAGAGCCCUGGUGUAAGGGUCGGUGCGAAGUUUCCCUUGUUUUUGCCUCCCAACCGUCGCAAGGAGACUCCAGGGACCCCCACCCAGGCUGACUCUGGACAAUGGUUUCCUGGCCUGGCCAAGGUGGAUGCUUGUCAGGUGACUUUGUGCUGGUGUAUUGUGUUCACUGGACUGUGCUGUCGUGGCACCCACCAGAGAUUGUGCUGUACCAACUGA